AUGAAAGCCCCUCUUCUCUACCUCCUCACCAGCCUGGGCCUAGUCGCCGCGCAAACCAACUGCCCUGGCACAGGUUACUUCUGCGGCCGCGACCUCCGCCUCCGCUACAACAUCAUCUACUGGUGCGAGGACCAGGCCACGAACCCGCACGUGGUGGCAGACAACUGCUGGGAGAGAUGCAUUCCCAGUCCGGAUCCGUUCCAGAUGCCCGAGUGCGUUGUUGCGCCGCCGCCGGCUCCUGAGCCCGCGCCUGAGCCUGUUCCUGCUCCUGAACCUGUGCCGAAUCCGGAUCCGUUAAUUGCCCUGGGUAACGAUGUGGAGGGGCAAGCUCCUCCGAAGAGGUUUGCACCUGCAUUGUAUAUAUCGUUUGCUGGGUUCAAGGUUGAUAAGCUAGCUGUUUGA